AUGUUCCAGCCGUCUGCGAAGCGCUGCUUCACCAUCGAGUCCCUGGUGGGCAAGGACACCCACCUCAGCCCCGAGGAGCCCCCGCGCCCCGCCGCCCUCGGCUACCCCGGCCCCGCCGCCGACGCCGCCGCCUUCGCCCCCGGCUUCCAGGGCGCCGCCGCCGCCGCCGGCCGGGCCCUCUACGGCAGCGCCGAGCUCGUCUUCCCCGAGGCCGUGGGGCACCCGGCGCUGCCCGUCGGGCCCCACCAGCUGGGGGGCUCGGCGCUGCCGCACCCCACUCCUUCUUCGGGGCCGCAGCACCGCGACCCGCUCAACUUCUACCCCUGGGUGCUGCGGAACCGCUUCUUCGGGCACCGCUUCCAAGUCCAGCCCAAGCCUAAUGGUGCCACCUUGGCCCUGGGGCACAGGUCCUCGCUGGAGGUGAAAGUGUGGUUCCAGAACAGGCGGACGAAAUACAAACGGCAGAAGCUGGAGGAGGAAGGACCCGACUCUGAUCAGAAGAAGAAAGGUUCCCACCACAUCAACCGAUGGCGCCUCGCCACCAAGCAGUCGAGCGGAGAAGACAUCGACGUCACCUCCAAUGACUAA